UCACGGGGUUGACGUUUGCGGAAGAUAGUCGUUGCCUUAGUCUGUUAACUCAGAACCACAACAGAGGGGAUGUCUUCGUAUUAAAAUAAAGUAAAAUAAUACAAUAUAAUUAUUCCAGGAACCCCUCUGACUCCCGCUGUCCAGUCGACUCGCCGGUGAACCGAGAAUCAGCGAAACCGCGACUAAGAUGGAGGACUCCGGUGGUACUGGAGCCGAGCCUGAGGCUGCAUCACCAGCAGGUGCAUCUAGGUCAAAGCUGGACACACUGUCCAAGGAUGACCUUAUCAAGUUUUCCAAGAAGCAGAUUGCUGCCAUACAAAAGAUGAAGGGCAGAUGUGCAGAUUUGGAAAAAGAAGUAAACUCCCUCAAACAGCAAUCCAAAAAAUGUAACAAUUCUGAUGACAGCGCUCUGAUACAGGAGUUGACUGAGAGGAUGGAUUCCUUACUACUCGAGAAGGCAGAAACUCAGCAAAGUCUUUCACUGUCUCGUAAAGAUCUAGAGAAGACUAUGCAAAAAGCCAAGGAUGAUCUGUUUGCGCUUCAAGGAGAGCUCGACCGUGUGACAGAAGAUCACCAAAGAAAGAUCAAGAGCCUAGAGGGCAGCAUUGAGGAAUCCAACAUCAAACACCAAGAAGAAGUGGCUUAUUUCCAGAAAUUGCUGAAGGAGCGAGAGGAAACUGACAGGGAGAGGGAGCGUGAAAGAGAGAGGGAGCCGCCGCCCGAACACACCGGUGCAAAAGAGAGCGCUAAUGACAUCCGCCUUUGCUUAGAUGCUCAACUGGAAACCCUUCGAGCUGAACUGGAAGCGACCCAAAAGCUGAAAUCUCAGGAGGUCGGCGAGCUGCAGGAGAGCCACCAAAGGGAGUUGACGAAGACCCAGCAGGAGGUGGAGAACCUGAAGGAGGAGCUGGCUCAGAAGAGUCUGCAGCACGAAGACGAGAUGAGGGCUCUGGAGGAGGACUUUGAAAUGGAGAGGGAGCGUCUCUUGUUGCUCCACGAGGAGCUGACGGAGCAGCUCGCUCUCAAAGACAGCUACCUGCAGGAUGUGCAGGAGGAAGACGAGGAACCGGGGCGCGGAUCAGGGAUCGCCAAAAUGCUGGCGCUGUCUGCAUGCAGUCAGGGUGACUCCAGCCUUGGUGAUGGGGAGGAGACAGAGAAUGGAAGACUGAAAGCAGUCGUGGAAGAACUUCAAUCCCAGAGCACCAUGUUACAGGACGAGCUCACCCUGCUCAGUAAUGUCAACAGUCAGCUGGAGGCGGAGCUGGAAAGGGUCAGGGAGGAGUUCACGAUGGAGAGAGAAGAGCUGGAGUUCAAAAUCAACGAAUUGCAAAUGAGCCGGGAAAGUCCUGUCAGUAACCCAGCUGUAAGCCUGGUUCCUGAUCGGCAGGAAGUCCGAGGAGAGCAGAGUGGAGAACACCAACAUGGAGGAGGUGAAUCAGCAACCAGUCCUGUGGACCGAAACCCUCUGAACCCAGAGGCGCUCAGCGCCCGGUGUGAGGCCUUGACCAGAGAAAGAGACUCUGCUCUGACCGAGUGUCAACAAAUGAAGGACAUAUUGCAAGGUGUGGAAACAGAACUGGGUGAGAAGACGACAAAUGUUGUUAUUCAGUACAAAGCCAUGAAGGAGCAAGGAGCAAGUACUGUACGGGAACUCCAAGACAAGAUGCAACAACUCAGCCUGGAGAGGGAUGAACUGCUGGAUAGAGUGAGCGAGGGCACAGAAGAGAAAAACACUUUGAUGAAGGAGCUACAAAACCUGAAGCUGAAGCUUGAAGGUUUCGCAAGUGAGGACCAGAAACUCCAGUUGUCUGUGGAGGAACAAACCACUUCAACCUGUGAGCUGAAGCAAGCUGUAGAGGAACUGACCAGGCAGAAUGCGGAGAUCCUCUCCCAACUGCAGGUGAAGGAAAGCAUGACUGAAGAACUAAAAGAGGUGGUCGACACGCUGACCGACGAGCGAAACGAAACACGCUCUCUGCUUCAGCACAAAGAAGAGGAACUGCAACAGCUGAACACUGAAAUCGAGAGGAUGCUUCGGGAGAAAGAGGCUGAGGCCCUUCUGCGUAGCGGGGAGAACAUGAAGGCUUUGGAGGCCCUGAAAAAAGAGAGGGAGGAUGAAGUGCAGCACUUAAAAGAGGAGAGGGAAAAGAUGGAGGAGAGCCAAAGCGAGGAGGUGAAGAGACAACAGGAGAGAGCUUCUGCUCUAGAGUGGACUAUCAAAGACCUUUCCGCCGAGAAGGACAACCUCCAACAACAAUUGGAGGAGGCAUCUUCUGGGGUUUCCAACACUCACGAAACGAGGGAGCUUUUGGGCUCUAAGCUGGCCGCCCUGGAGGCUCAGCUAGAGCAGGAGACGUCUGAAAAGAAUCGCCUCAAGGAAAAGUUGAGUUCACUGACAGAGGAGGUAGAUCAGGCCCGCGUCGCCAUCACAGCCCUGGAGGAGAAUCACCGUGAAGUCCUCAGAAGCUCCACCGCAGAAGUAGAGGAGCUCCGAGCCCGCGUGGACGAGCUGGAAAAGGAGAGGGCGCUGCUGAGGACUCAUCUUGAGGAGGCUCAAGGGGUAAAUGCGCUAGAGGAGGUGGUGACGGAGCUCCGGGCUCGUAUCGCAGACCUGGAGCAGGAGAGGAGCCUGCUCGGAAAGAACCUGGAGGAAGUGGUGAAGGAUACCGAAGGGCUGCAGAAAGACCUGGAGGACAUGAAGUCGAUCAAUGUGAAGUUUAAUGAGGAGAACCAGCGGCUGCAGGCUCAUGUUUCUCAGAUGACUCAAGAGAAAGAAGAAAACGAGGAAGGGGAAAUGGCGAGAGGGACAAGAGAGCUCCAAGACCAGCUGACGGAGAAGGAUUUACUCGUAUCUCAGUUGAGGAGCGAAGUUGCUGCCCUCCAGGAGUCUGCAGCUCAGUUGGCUUCCUCUGAGGAAAGUGCAGCCUCAGAGACCGUGAAGAAAAUAGCUCUUCUGGAGAAAGAACACAUAGAAAAAAAUGAGAAGAUGAACAAAAUCAAGGCAGUUGCCAUUAAAGCAAAGAAGGAGCUGGAAACCAGUAAGAAAGAGGUUGCAUCCCUCAAGGAGGUAGUAGAGUCAUUGAAAUCAGAGAGGGAGAAAGUGAGCAGCUCUAUGAAAGAUAUUAUCCAUGGUGCAGAAGGCUACAAGAAUCUGCAGAUAGAUUACGACAGGCAGACCGAGCAACUGGAUAAAGAGCGCGAGAAGCUGGCGGAGGCUGAGAGACGGAUUGCCGAGCUGACCAAACAACUCAGCAGUGCUGUCACGCAGACCGAGACACUCUGCAGUGAGAAGGAGAAUCUGCUGGCCUGUAUGGAGACAAAAAGGAGCACAGUGAGGCAGCUGGAAGCUCAAAAUCAGGAGCUUCAAAAACGGUCCAGCAGUCUGGACAGAGACCUGCUUACUGAGCGAUCUAUGAAAGAACUGAAGAUCAAGGACUUGUCAUCUGCAACCAAGGAGGUAGAAGAGCUGACAGCCCAGCUUCGCAAGCAGCAGCAACAGUCUCAGCAGACUGCCCAGGAGCUGGAGCAGCUACGUAAGGAGGCGCAGCAGAGCUCUCUGCUGGACAUGGAGAUGGCCGACUACGAACGCUUGGUCAAAGAACUCAAUGCCAAACUCUCAGAUAGAGAUGAGUGUGCUGAGGGGUUGAAGGCCCAGAUAAAGACCUUGACCCAGAAGGAGGACUCACUCAAACAGGAAAUUGAGGCGUUGAAGUCACAGCUGGACCAGGGGCAGGAGAAAACCUCCAAGGUGAAACAACUGCUGGUGAAGACCAAAAAGGAGUUGGCCGACGCCAAGAUGCAGGAAAGCUCCCUUAUGAUUCAGCAGACCUCUCUGAAAGGAGAGCUGGAGGCAAAUCAACAGCAGCUGGAAAACUCCAAGAUCGAGGUGUGCGAGCUCUCGGGCGAGCGUCAUCGUCUGCAGGAGCAGCUGAGGUCUGCGUUGGAGCAGCAUCAGAGAACCAACAGCUCCUUUCAGCAACGCAUUAACAGCCUGCAGGAGGAGAGAGAUACCGCUCAGGCUGCGCUCGUUGCAACGGUUGGCGAGUUUGAAGGUUAUAAGGUGCGAGUUCACAAUGUGCUCAAACAGCAGAAGAGUAAAACCACGGCCCAGAGUGAAGGAGAGUCUGGCAAAUUAGAGAGGGAGCAGCUGUCGGCGCAGGUAGAGCAGCUGAGGUCCCGGCUGGCAGAAAGCCAGCAGAGCCUCCACAGCACCACGGCCGAGCUGCAGCAGCUCCAUACUGAACACGACACCCUGCUGGAGAGACACAACAAAAUCCUCCAGGAAACCGUCAGCAAGGAGGCCGAGCUCCGUGAGAGGCUGAUGUCAGUGCAGUCGGAGAACGUGGCUCUGCGGUCGGAUGUGACCCAGACUCAGGCCGACCUGACCUCCCAGGCCGAAGCCCAGCGCCACACCUACAGAGAGCAGCUGAGGAAGCUGCAAGAUGACCACCGGGCCACCAUAGAGACUUUGCAGGGCCAGCUGACCCGUGUUGAGGAGCAACUCUUCCACCUGCAGAGCCAGAGCAGUUCAGUGGCGCUCCAAUCCGGCCGGAAGUCCCUGUCGUCAGACCCCCAGCGCAGAAACACUGAGCACAACCAGGCAGGUGUGGGAAUGAUGUCCCUCAGCGACUUCCAGUCCACAGCCAGAGAGGAGGGCGAGGGAAUGGAGACCACCGAGACAGAGAGCCCGUCCACUGCGCUCUCUCCGCUGCCCUCCCUGGAGCAGCUACUCACGUCCCCGGAUCCCAAACAAGAGCCUUUUGUGUGGACCGUGGAGCCUACCAAAGAAGAGCUGAGCCUAAAGCUGAGCACCGCCACGCGCAGCAUGGAGCAUAUGAAUAGCCUGCUGCACGAAACUGAGGCCACCAAUGCUGUUCUCAUGGAGCAGAUAACCUUGCUGAAAAGUGAAGUGCGUCGUCUAGAACGUAACCAGGAGAGGGAGAAGAGUGUGGCCAACCUGGAGUAUCUGAAGAACGUCCUGCUGCAGUUCAUCUUCCUGCAAUCCGGCAGCGAGAGGCAGGCCCUUCUGCCCGUCAUUCACACAAUGCUGCAGCUCAGCCCGGAGGAGAAAAGCAAACUGGGCGCCAUUGCACAAGGUGAGGAGGAGGGGUCCGGUUCUCGGGGCUCAGGCUGGGGAUCUUAUCUUCACAGCUGGUCUGGGAUCAGAUAAACCUGUUUAAUAACCAACCAACCAAAAAAGACACGUCAGCACAGUGCUAAGAUGUUACUGGACCAUUUUCUGUGAAAGAACGUACUCCGCAGCGAAGCCGCAUAAUUUGGAGGUGAACUGUGAAAUUUACUGAAUUUGGCCACACCAUUGAAGGGACCAAGGAAUGCAUCCAAAAAGAAUCAGUGUGUGGUAGAGAUUAAAUCCAAUCACUUGACAUUGAUACUGAUUUGAAUUUGCAGUGCAAUAGUUCCAUUAGUCUAGUACCAAUUAAAAUAAACGUUGACACAAUUCUGACAAAUUCUUACUCUUUAAUGUAUGUUAUAACAAUAGUUUACUGGACAUUUCUUUAAGUGAAGCUCAAAUGGCAUUAUGAGGAAUCAUUAGGUUAUGUGAAACAUUCCGUAAUUGUUAGAGGAGGAAUUAAUCAUGGUAUAAACUAAUUGCAUGAAAAAACUUGAAUAUUUUUUUCAGAUCUUUGACUACUUUCCAAGAUGAUUCUUGCACUUGUUGGGCGUGUCCCUGUGUAGCACAGAACACUACACUGGAGUUUUAGCAAAUUUGGUUUGCUUCAUAUUAGUUUAAAUAAUUUUUUGAGGGCAUGUUUUUUUUUUAUUACCUUUUGAGACAGGUUUAUUGUAUUUCUUUAGUAUGAAAAUUGACACUUGCUCAUUACAUAUCACUAAUUAGUGAUGAGUUUCCGGGAAGUUCAAAGAGGCAUUCAUGCAAAUGGUUUGGAAUACAAUCAGUAGUGAGAUGAGGUGUGUUAAGUGUGAAAAUCAGGCAAAACCCAGGGUGAGGUCAUUUUACAUCUUUCCUCUGUCUGUCGCUUCAGAUACAAAGGGGUAGAUAACAUAUUUCUACUUGUUCUGACAGUUCUACAGUUGUUCCCCCAAAACCCCACAUUCUGAAUUCAGGAGCAGUUGUCACCAACAGCCCUUUUGUUUUGAUUCAUCACAUCCUGUCGUGAUUGGUUGGUUUGUGAUGCGUAAAUAGUUAUUGUUUGUUGUGUUUGUUGUCAUUUAAUGUCAAAUAUGAUUUCCAUGGGUCAAUCUAUUUGGGCAAUACUUUGUGGUUUUGUCAGUUGUUGUCACUGUAAUUGCCGAAUAACAAGAUUGGUUGCAACAGCAUCUGUAACGGUGUCUCGUUGAAAGACGGCCCCCAUGGCAGCAGGGGAGGUGUCCUUGUGCAGGACUCCCUAUUUGACCCACGGUUGCUGCUUCCUACAAGCAGCCCAAUGAUGAAGACAACUGGCCUAUUCUUGUUCUCAUUCCAACGGCAGCUUUUCUUUUUUUUUAUUAUUCCUACAGCACAAGUGAAUGUAUUUUAAAAAAAAUGAUUUUAUAUUUACGAGGGCCAAUGUCAGAAGGAGCUAUGAGAGAUUUAACUCAACCAUAACAUUGGAUAUUUAUAAACGAAUUAGCAAUUACAGGUUUAGGUCUUAUUUGUUCUGUUUAUUUCUGAUUUCAAACUACAAUAAAGCCGAAAUGGAUGA